CAAGUGGCCAGAGACAAACUCACCCGUCAAGAGCUUAUUUUCCGAAUAUUUUUAGGUAAAUCGACAAAAAUUAACUUUUUGUGUGUGUGUGUGUGUGUGGAAUAUACUAAAGCAUUUAUCUACCUCAGUGUCAAGGAUAAUGGUGGAUAUUUUCCUUCACUUUGUUAAAUUAUUUACAGUAAAAUUACGUCCCUUAAUAAUUUCUUUUAAUUUUUCUGUCAAAAGAAAUGACCAAUUGUCUAAAAAGUAUAAAACAAAAUUAAAGCGAGACACCCAGGCUGAUAAAACUGUUUUCACUUUAGCACAGUCUUUGACAGGGUGUCAAAACCACUUCCACGACUUCAACAUUUGAACAGAUCCUUGAUGGACACAGAGUUGAUAAUGAUUAGAGAAAGUUUGCUAAGAAUUUUUUUCUGUUUUCUUAUUUUUUUUGUAACCGGAGGAUCAUGCUGGAAUUUUUACGAUAACUUUGAGGAUAUCUUGCGGACUCGUCAAAUUCCCGGAAGGUCAGACAUUGGUCAGCACCGGCUCUCAAAACAGUUUGUAGUUUCAAAAAUGGCAUGCCUUGAUAUCUGCUUGCGAACAACAAGAUGUGCUUCUUUUAAUCUGCUAGAGAGGACUGAUAAGAAAUGGAACUGCAUCAUACUUGACAAAACUCCUCGGGAAUCAGAUAAACUGAAACGUACAGAUACAGGUUGGAUGAAUUUCAACGUUAGCUCGCAAGAACUUCAGAAGAUUUUGUCCUUUGACACCCAACUUUGCCUUCUGGAAAGAUCUCCUCGCUGACACUGAUGAAGAAAACGUUUCCUGACCCAAGCAUGAGUUUGAUGAUAAGAAAGCGAAGGCAAUGAUUUGUAUAUUUUGCGGAAAUAAAAUUAAUCA